CAAAGACCACUCUGCCUGCAGCAAAAAUAGCGACAAGAUUACAAUUUCUUUUUUAAAGCCUGACAUUAGCUGCUACUAAUCCGAAUGGGACUAAUUGAUAAUCUUACAUCGUAGACGUAACCCGCAGAAGCUUCCGAAGUUUUUUUCCCGAAAUUGGACUAAGAAACGUUUAAUUGUUGAAAAGUCGUUUAGAAAGUUUCUCUUCAAUCAAGCCUGUUUAGUAGAUGGCUUUUAUGCCACUCUUCGGUCUUCGAUUUGCAUAGAAAUGUACUUAGCCUACAAAAAAUCUUCAACCUAACGGAAGCCAAAUGGUCGGAUGUACAACUUUAUAAAUUAAUCAAUUUUAGCUAUUGCUUCCUUCAAAACUUCACUACAUGCUCAACUUGGACCGCUUUCAGUGAGGUGACGAACGAGGAAACGGGAUUUCCAAUUGUACUCAAGAUCACUGGGAAACUAUUCUGCUGCUGAACUCUUUCAAGAUAUUCGCCAGCAUUUUAAUCCGGUUCAGAUUGAAAAAUCGUACUGACAAGGACUUUGACGUCGGCGCAGGAUGCCACAGAAAGAAUACUAUAACCGAGCCACGUGGGAGUCGGGCGUAGCCUCCAUGAUGCAGAACAGACAAGAGGUGUAUGACAUCUGUAACGAAGGUCACAGUGGUGUGAAUCAGCUUGGCGGUGUAUUUGUCAACGGUAGACCACUGCCUGACUCAACAAGGCAGAAAAUAGUUGAGCUUGCACACAGUGGCGCGCGACCGUGCGACAUCUCCAGGAUACUGCAGACCCAUGCUGAUGCAAAAGUCCAAGUGCUGGACAAUGAAAACGUAUCAAACGGGUGCGUGAGUAAAAUCCUGGGCAGAUACUAUGAAACUGGCUCAAUCAGACCCAGGGCAAUCGGGGGUAGCAAACCAAGAGUAGCGACUCCUGAAGUGGUCGGGAAAAUUGCGCAAUACAAGAGGGAGUGCCCUUCUAUCUUCGCCUGGGAAAUCCGAGACAGACUUCUAUCAGAGGGGGUCUGCACCAACGAUAAUAUACCCAGUGUAAGUUCAUUGAGUGUGUCAUCAAUAAACAGAGUCCUUCGCAACCUGGCUAGCGAAAAGCAACAGAUGGGUGCAGAUGGCAUGUAUGAUAAAUUAAGAAUGCUGAACGGUCAAACUGGAACUUGGGGGACACGUCCGGGCUGGUACCCCGGAACCUCGGUACCAGGGCAACCAAACCAAGAUGGUUGUCAGCAGCAGGAUGGAGGUGAAAACACAAAUUCAAUCAGUUCGAACGGAGAGGAUUCAGAUGAGACACAAAUGAGGCUUCAGCUGAAGAGAAAGUUGCAAAGAAAUCGAACAUCGUUUACGCAAGAGCAAAUAGAAGCCCUGGAAAAAGAGUUUGAAAGAACUCACUAUCCAGACGUUUUCGCAAGGGAGAGACUAGCAGCCAAAAUAGACCUCCCAGAAGCCAGAAUACAGGUGUGGUUUUCUAACAGAAGAGCGAAAUGGAGGAGAGAAGAAAAACUCCGAAAUCAGCGAAGACAAGCAAGCAAUUCUUCAAGUCACAUUCCCAUUAGCAGUAGCUUCAGUACGAGCGUCUAUCAGCCUAUUCCGCAGCCCACGACGCCCGUGUCCUUCACAUCAGGGUCAAUGUUGGGAAGGUCAGAUACAGCUCUGACAAACACAUACAGCGCCCUGCCACCCAUGCCAAGCUUCACUAUGGCCAACAACCUGCCUAUGCAACCCCCUGUACCCAGCCAGACAUCCUCCUAUUCCUGCAUGCUGCCCACCAGUCCUUCAGUGAAUGGGCGGAGCUAUGAAACAUACACGCCCCCUCAUAUGCAGGCACAUAUGAACAGCCAAUCAAUGGCCACUUCUGGUACAACCUCAACAGGUCUCAUCUCCCCUGGAGUAUCUGUCCCAGUCCAAGUUCCAGGCAGCGAACCUGACAUGUCUCAAUACUGGCCAAGACUACAGUAAAGAGAAGAACUACUUCACUUUGUGACUUUUCACUGAGGCUUGUCUGUCCAGCAGUAUUCUAUCAAGAACAGAGAGAGAAGAAAGACUCUGAAAGAGAUUUUUUUUUGGACUGGGAUUGUACCCUAUGCUAUGAGUCUUGGGACAAGAAGACUUGAAAAGAUUGACUUUUGUAAAGUGCCCGGUGUUAUAUCCUAAAUGGAACAAAACUCUUCGUUUUCGGUUUUGGACUUGCGUCAUUUUUUUGUGUUUUUGUAUAUGGCCAUUUGUACGUUAUGACAAACACAAGAACAACCAUGGAUGGACUAUGAGACUCAGUCAUUCUUUCAUCCGCCUGAAAAGGAGAAUCUGGGGGCAAGAUAAUCUGCUAUUAAUAGUUUUUUCUUAUAUCAAGUACUUCUACCAGUCUUUGUGCAGAUUGCGGACUCUGUCAAUACAAGCUCGUAUCAUUCCACUGCUGAGCUGGAAGAAAGAUGCUAGCUGUUUGUAAGCCCCUUUAUUUGUUUUUUCCCCCAAAAGUUUGUUGGCAGAGAAAACGUAUGAGGGAGCUCUACCUGCUGAAUAGGAAGCCAAACAAACAUUCGAUAGCUGAACAGUAGAUUGUGUCUUCGAUAUAAUUCAGUUUGUUUUUGUCAAUAUGUAUUUGUCUUCCCUAGAAAUCUCCCAAAACAAUUUCUAUAAUAAAGUUAAUUUCAUUUACGUUUCCCAGAAUAUUCUAUAGAUUUUUCAUGCACAUUUUCAUGCGUCAUAAAAACAUUUCUUUAGGUCAGGUAAAAACUUGUUGUUCUUAGAUAUAGUUGUACUGUAGUGUUUUUCAGUCAGAUCAUUUUUGUGCGACUAGAGAUAUUUCAUUCCUAUAAUUAAGUUAAAAAAAAUUGCUUGCCAGAAUUUUAUAUAUAAGCGUUUGGAAGUUGUUUACAACUACAUAUCAGAAUUGCCAUUGUUGAUUGUAAGAACAGACCAAAGCCUUGUAUUUCAUUUAUUACACAUUUUUCUUUUUUAUUAUUAGACUUGUGUUGCUAAUUUUGUAAACCUUUUCAGUUCUUUUACAAUGGCUUCAAGUAUGUUCAACUACAAGGGUAAUUGAGCGGUUGUUUAUUUAUGAGUAAGAACCACAUAUGUUUUUAGCAUGGUAGGCCAUGCUGUGGACCAUAUUAUGGUGUGUACUGACACCAUGGCAUAAAAAGGGGUUCUGCGUCAGUGCAUUGCGUUGAAGAUGAAAAGUCUAUGCUACUGUCUCUGAAAUAUUUCAAUUUAAUUUUAUUUAAAAUGGAGCUUUCUAAAUGUAUUUUGUGAAAACUAUAAAAAAAAUCAUUUUGUACAGUA